AUGUACGGGAACGUUUUCAGUGUCGAUGUUGUCCGCAGAGCAAUAAGACAUAAGCAAACACUCCGUAAGGAAGGCCAGCACCACUUCUCGUGCGAGUUCUGCGGAAAAGUCCAGUUCAACAGAAAAGACAACCUCGACAACCACCGCAAGCUGCACACGCGUUUCAUCGGCAACAAAUGUAGUGUAGAACUCAUCCCGGCGGUCGUCCCUACUAUCGAGCAGGAAAAGCGCAGCCGAGAGUUCAGAGCCGAAUCUUAA